AUGGUGUUGCAGACAAAAAGCGCGCUAGACGACGCUACACACCGGCUGGAGUCGACGCGGACGUCGCUGGACGCGGCGCGGCGCGAGCUCACCGCGCUCCGUGGCAGCGGCGACGAGCUGGCCCGCACACGCGCCGCACACGCGCGCCUUGAGGCAGACCUGCGCGCCGCUCGUGCUGAUGCCGCCGCGCGUGCUGCCGAGCUAGCGCGCCUGCGGGCCGACGUCACGGCCGAGGAGCGCCGCUGGGCGAGCCGCGAAGAAGCGCUGCGACGGGAGGUCCGCGAGGCUCGCGAGUUGGCGUGCGCGGACGCGGCGCCGGCGCCCGCCGAGUCGUGCGGCGCCCUGCUGGCGCAGCUGGCGGCCCUGCAGCGCGCCGCUCUCCAGCGGGACACCGCGCACGCGCACCACACGCGCGCCCUCCGCGCCCAGCUGGGUGAGUGUCGCGCGGGGCCCGGCGCCCCGGCCUCGUGCGGGCCCUGCUGGCGCAGCUGGCGGCCCUGCAGCGCGCCGCUCUCCAGCGGGACACCGCGCACGCGCACCACACGCGCGCCCUCCGCGCCCAGCUGGGUGAGUGUCGCGCGGGGCCCGGCGCCCCGGCCUCGUGCGGGCCCUGCUGGCGCAGCUGGCGGCCCUGCAGCGCGCCGCUCUCCAGCGGGACACCGCGCACGCGCACCACACGCGCGCCCUCCGCGCCCAGCUGGGUGAGUGUCGCGCGGGGCCCGGCGCCCCGGCCUCGUGCGGGCCCUGCUGGCGCAGCUGGCGGCCCUGCAGCGCGCCGCUCUCCAGCGGGACACCGCGCACGCGCACCACACGCGCGCCCUCCGCGCCCAGCUGGCGGAAGCGGAGACGUCCCUAGCCAAGGCGGUGGAGCGCGAGCGGGUGUCUCGUGAGGAGGCAGCAGCGGCUACCUCUCGCCUGGCUGCGGCGGAAGGCUUGCUACAGGACGCACAGGCCCGACUCGACGCCGUCACUGCGCACGCACAGCAGUUGCUGAA